AUGGCGCAGAACGUAUUUCGUCUCUCAGGAGACAUGCUUCAUCUGGUCUCCAUUUUUCUUCUUCUUUUCAAGUUGUACCGGAGCAAGAACUGCGCAGGUUUGUCUGCCAGGAUGCAGGAGUGUUACCUCAUUGUUUUUUGUUGUCGAUACGUCGACCUAACCUAUUCCUUUAUUUCUGUGUACAACUCAGCUAUGAAAGCAAUUUUCAUCCUGUCCACAGCGUACCUUGUAUUUCUCAUGAAGAAGAAAGUGCCUAUCUCUCAAACGUACGAUGCCAAGGCGGACUCCUUCAAUUACUUGUUGUACCUCGUGCCUCCAUGCGCCAUCAUCACGCUGGUUACUGCAGACUCGUUCUCCGUUCCUGAUCUUAGCUGGACAUUUUCUAUAUGGUUUGAGAGUGUGGCUAUUCUUCCUCAGCUGCUUCUUCUCCAGCGCCAAAGGGAAGUCGAGAAUCUUACUUCGCAUUACGUUGCAUGCAUGGGUCUAUAUCGCCUUAUGUACAUCCUGAACUGGAUCUACCGGUACCUCACGGAGUCGCCGCCUCAUGUGAAUGUCGUGAGCUGGGUAGGAGGGGUUGUCCAAACUCUCCUCUACGCCGACUUCUUCUAUUACUAUGUACACGCCAGGUGGUAUGGCCACAAGCUUGUCUUGCCCGUUGUAGGUGGGGAGGUGUGA